AUGUCCAGCCUUUCUGUUUUGCGGUAUCAUCCGCUGAGACUGGCACCUCGAGCACAAGUUUAUGCCCUUCAUCUUUCAUCUACAUCAUCUAUACUUGGACCUCAGCAUCAUCGCCAUCAGAGCCAUGCGAGAUCACACUCUACGAAAACUAGCAUCGUGCCACAGAACACUCUCCCCUUUGACAGCCAAAUCAUCAAACCACCAUCCAACGCCGUCGAACAUGUGUUAACGACCUUGGAUAGCAUCGUCAAUUGGGCCCGCCAGGGUUCCUUCUGGCCCUUGACCUUUGGUCUAGCCUGCUGCGGUAUAGAGAUGAUGCAUGUAUCCAUGCCCCGCUACGACCAGGAUCGUCUCGGCAUCAUCUUCCGCGCCUCACCUCGACAAGCGGAUGUUAUGAUCGUUGCUGGCACGGUCACGAACAAGAUGGCACCUGCUGUUCGACAAUGCUACGACCAGAUGCCCGACCCGAAAUGGGUUAUCAGCAUGGGCAGUUGUGCGAAUGGAGGUGGUUACUACCACUACAGCUACUCAGUCGUCAGGGGAGUGGAUCGGAUUGUACCCGUCGACAUCUACGUGCCCGGAUGCCCACCCACUGCAGAGGCUCUACUACAUGGCGUGUUUCUCUUACAGGCAAAGCAGAGAAGGACGAAGAUCACGAGAAUGUGGUAUCGGAAUGUAUUGAACGGCUUCACUGCGCCGUCGACCGCCAACAUGAAGGUUCAAACCCCCAGAGCCCUGGCGAUUUGGUUCUGCGUGUCGCUCGCAUGUACGGCCCUCGGAGAACGACUCCCUGAUCCUACGGGAGGAUACAACGUCGGCGCUCAGCGUUUCGUCGUCCCCUUCUUGGAAGAUAAUGAUGUCGUGUGGCCGAACGGUGUUUCGACUGAGUACCUCGUCACGCUGUACUAUCCUACCGAAGACGAGAAGCCUUGCCCAAAGCCGUACCUCGAACCCGAGCUUGCCGAAUUAUACACCGACCUGUGGAGCUACAAUAUUUCUCACUUGACGUCAACGCUGAGAUGGAACGCGACUUAUCUGAAUGAAGAGAGCGGCCCAACACUUCUUUUCGGACCUGGCGGUUGGGGUGUUCCGACGGAUGGCGACUACAUAAUCAUCUCGGAACUGAUAUCACAUGGAUAUGUCGUUGCUGCGUUUGAUCACGUUUAUGAGCAGCCUUUUUUGCGGUACCCCAAUCGCACGGGCGUCUACGGACUGCCACCGAAUUUCAGCAAUUAUUCCCUUGCCUGGGUAAAGGACUUGCAUGCCGUCAGGGUCAGACAGCAGCUGCACUUCAUCGACUACUUCCCCUCACUCGUGGCAAGGCUUGAAGCUCCCUUUAGGACCACCGACUUCGGCACAUUCGGGAUAUCGUUAGGAGGCUCUGCUGCUCUCACCGUAGCUCUCGAGAGCGAUGCAGUAGCAGCCGCUAUAAACGUCGACGGUGCCAACUGGGGUCGAUUGAACAGCACAUCGGACUCGGAUCUCAAGAAACCCUCGAUGAUUCUAGGCUUUCAGGGCCACAACGCGAAUUCGGACCGCACCUGGAACAACUACCGAGCCUGGCAGACUGGCUGGUGGCGUCUGUUCUCGGUGGAUGGAAGCUUGCAUCCUGACUGGUCUGACCUGGGGUUCUGGAAGACUUUCGGCACGACACGUACACAGGGGCCAAUUGACGGAAGGAGAAUGGUCCAUAUCUCAAGGACGUUCAUUCGGGCCUUUUUUGACGACAUCUUGCGUCAUAAUGACCAGCCUCUUUUGGACAGCCCUUCUGAAGACUUCACUGAAGUGCAUUGGGACGAAGUUCACAAUGGACCAUGA